GAAAAAACAAAUAGAAAACAUUGCAACCAAUCCACAUUCAUAUACAGUGCUCUCUCACCAAAUAAAUACCCCACCCACCAUCCAUCUUCUCCUUUUAUCCUCCUAGAGCUACCCACAGUACACAAAUUGUAUACUUCUCUUUGUAAAAAAUGUCUAUCAUCUUCUGGAAAAACCUGCUAAAAUGCUUACCCACCGCCCCUAUUUGUUCAAAUCCAUUAAACUCAGAACAAGAACAAGCCCAUCUGUUACCACCAAACAGCAUCCCCACCAAAUCAAUUAUGAUCAAGAACAUGAAUUCUCUCUACGACAUAAGCUCAACUUCCACUUCCAAAUCCCUCAGUACCCCUUCCACUUAUUCAUUUACCUCCUCCGAUUCCGAAUCCGACACCAACUCACCCCCGGAUUUCGCUGCGGUAUUCGCUUCUCAGCGCUUCUUCUUCUCCUCCCCCGGCCGGUCCAACUCCAUUAUAGAGUCCCCAGAAACACCAGAACCAGCUCAGCCUCCCACUCCACUCAAUGGAGGCGUCGCAGUUAAAAAAUACUCACCUGAUCCGUACACUGAUUUUAAACAUUCUAUGCAAGAAAUGAUUGAAGCAAGAAAGCUAAAGGACGUACGAGCUGAGUGGAGAUAUUUGCAUGAGUUGCUCUCUUGUUAUCUUAAUCUGAACCCUAAACACACUCACCAGUUUAUCAUUAGUGCUUUUGCCGAUAUAGUCAUUUGCUUACUAUCUUCAUCAGAGUCCGACGACACCCUCCCGAAGCCCGAAGGCGGCCGCCGGCAGCAUAAUGUCAAUUUUACGUUGGAUAAAUUAGUAUAGCAUAGCAUAUUGUCGUUUCCUUUGUUAUUAUUUUGUCAAGAAAUGCUAGAGAUAGGUUCAGUUUUGUUCCUUGUUUAAUGGAAUUACUUUGUCUUCGGGGAAAGGGGUGAUUUUCAUGCAAGAAGACAAACGUAGAAAUGUAUUUUGUUACUUUGGAAACCAACGAAAGCGUGGGAUGUGUUAAUAUCUCGAUGCAUGCUAUCAAAAUCUUUACUUAGUUGAGAAA